AAUAUAAUAAUUGAAGCCAACUUCACGCAAUCAUAUUAAAAACAAGUUCUGGUGACAGCGUAACAUGAUUUUACCAUAUAUAUAUAAUAUAUUAAAAUUUAAAAAGUGGGAGCUGUUAUCCCUUCUAACAAUUUUAAUAGCAUUAAAGUGGUCCACAAUUAUUACAUUUCGACCGGACAUAAAUCGUUUAACAGAAUUACAUAAAUGUCCAGCAUGUUUUGGUAUUUCUGCAUGCAAUUAUAUUCAUGAAAUAGAUAUCGCAUUUCAUGAUUUUUAUUCUGUGUUUGCAUAUUUUUUUGGAGUAAAAAAUGUAUUUUUUGGAUCCUUUAAUAAUAGCAGAGUUGUUCUGAAGAAGUUAGCACAAAAUUCGGAAUUAGAUGAAUUUGAUCGAAUGCUUUGCAAGAACAAAAGAAUUUCUCAUGUUUGUAUAAAAAAUGCAAAAGAAAUAGAUAAUAAAGUUGAAGUCGAUUUCCAUGAACUUAUCAAAAAAGAAGUUCAUGUGAAUUCUACGAAAAAUAACUUCAAUCAUUUAAAACUUUGUCCUACUGUUCAACAUUUAAAUGAUCUCUUAAGUAAUGUAUAUCGUAAUGAGAAAAAUAUCGAUAGAAAUAUACUUCAUAUUAAUAUUUGGGUAUUGACAGUUCUUAAUCCUGAGCCUCUCCUUCUUCAGAUAUUAUCUACAAAUAAGGAUUGGCCAGUACCAAGAUAUUUUGGUACCUGUGGUCGCAUUUUAAUUGAGGAAUAUGUUGGGAUGCCGUUAACUGCUUAUUAUAAUGAACCAUGGUUACGUAGGGCUAAAUUAGCUUCGAGUCUUCUAGAUGCUGCUUACAAAUUUACUUACAAAGAUGAUAAUUUUGGCUUCUAUUUAACCGAUAUAUCUGCUGAUAAUAUAGCAGUUGAUUCAAUUGAUAAUGUAAAAUUUGUAGAUCUAGAAAAUGUCAUUAUUGUUGACAGAAACAUUGCUCCUAUAGAGAGACCAACUACAUGGAGUCAAUUACAAGUAAAUACUGAGAAUUUUAGCUGCUCAGAAUGUCUGGCAUUUUCUGGUAUUGAUAUAUGUAGUCAUAAAGUUAGUGAUCACAAUUACUAUGCAAUAUGCAAGAUAUUAUUAGCAAUAAAUAUAAAUAACAGUAUACUACCUGGUGGUCUACUACACGAUAUACCUGCAGAUAUAUCAAAAAAUUACCCAGAUGUACAACAUUUAAUACAACAAUGUGUGCAUCCCCAAACACUACUCAGCAGAAUAGAUGCUGGAAUGCAACUUAAAAAACUGUUAGAUUUUAUAAUACAAAACCAAAUAUAAGAAUUAAAUAAAAUUAUGCAAUUAAUUGUAAUCAAUUGUUAAAAUAAAUUAUUAUGUAACAAUUAAUAUCACAA